AUGGACCAAUCAGGGUCUGGCAUCACGGGAUGCGGAACUGCCUACGCUUUGCUCCACGACGACUCACCCGCCGCGUCGAAAUUGCAUAUCUCGGUGCUGGAAGCUCGCGGCGCCGUGAGCGGUGCGACUGGACGCAACGGUGGUCAUUUGGUUUCUGAUGCCGACUCGCUGUUUGGUCGCAUCAUGAAUGACCAUGGCCUCGAGCAAGCCAAAAAGGUCCUGUACUUUAGCGAAGCCAACAUGUCACGUCUCAAGACUCUGGUGUCGAAGUUGGGACAUGCCGACCGCGAGGCGUCAGAGUUUCGCUCAGUCAUAGCCUCUGUUGGGUUUACAAACUCUGAAAUGUUUGGAAAAAUGAAAUCUGAUAUAGAUGUCAUCCGAGAACUGAACUAUCGCUAUCGAGAUAUUGUGGGUGCUAUUGAGCAACACGGAUCUGGCGCCUUGUCGCCUUAUCGGCUCUUCACGGCCGUCUUCAACCUACUGUUGGACAAGUUUCAGGACCGAUUUACUCUCGAAACAAACACUCCGGUGACAAGUAUUGAUUAUAGUCAAGAUGACGAAUAUCCUUACAUGUUACAGACACCAAGAGGACUUCUCCGCACCAGACAAGUCGUUCAUUGCACCAACGGAUUCUCUGCAUACUUGACACCUCAUCUUUGUGGCAAACUAUGGCCCGUGAGAGGGACAAUGUCUGUACAAGAAGUUGGGCCAUUAUUUCCACAGUUGGGCUCCGAGAUCUCGUGGACGCCGCUGAGCCCAGGAUCUUUCAAUGCUGAGACUGGAGUUUUCUCGACGGGUCUGUACUAUGCUCAACAGAACCCAAAAACGGGCCAUAUCUGGAUUGGUGGAGAUGUUCAGAACAUCAGCGAAAUGGUGGCAACGAGCGACGACUCAAAAAUUUCCCCGACAUCAAAGGCGAAUCUUGAGUCGAUUCUUCCCCGGGUUCUGAGUGAAUCGGAGCCUGCGCAUCCCAUCAGGGUGUGGUCGGGAAUAAUGGGUUUCACGUCGGAUGGUAUGCCGUAUGUUGGCAAGCUCACAUCAAAGAUGACUGGGCGGCAAGGACAUGGAGAGUUCAUAGCCGCGGGGUUCAAUGGACACGGUAUGGAUAAAGCUUGGUUGAGUGGCGAAGCUGUGGCAUCCUUGAUUCUCCAUGAAAAGACGACUGCUGGCUUUCCUGAUAUUUAUCUCUUGAAUGAGGAGAGAUUCGACAAGGCGAGUUCAGAACAAAGCGCGAACGCUUUCUUGUCCCUUUUCUAG